CGGAAGCGGAGCGGCGGAGCGGGGAGCCUGGCUUCUGGCCGGCGGUCGUCUGGGCGGCGCCCGGGCAGCUGUUGUGUGGCUGCGCUGGCGCUGCAGGGCGGGAUGCUGUAUCCCCGGGAGAGCCGGUCGCGGGAGCGCAAGGAGCUGGACGGCUUCUGGAGCUUCCACGAUAACUUCUCCCAGGAUCAGUGGUAGCGGCGGCUGCUGCGGUACUCAGGAGAGGGCCGGGAGGCGCACGGAAGCCCGGCGGAGGGAGUGGGGGAGCCCGGGCCACCUCGCAGGCUCCUUACCCUGGGUGCCAGGUGGUUGGGAGCCCAGAGAAGGUUAAAGUCUGGCCCCACCCUGGACAUGCAGGUUCUCUCCAGCUUCAAGAACAUCUGCUAGGACUGGCGGCUAUGGCAUUUUGUCAGCUGGGUAUGGUACAUAUAGGAAGUGACCCUGCCAGAGUGGUGGGCCCAGGACCUGUACACAAGAAUGGUGCUGAGGAUUGGCAGUGUCCACUCCUGUGCCAUUGCGGUGACUGAGAAGUGGGCCGAGGACACCUUCAGACUAAACUCCAAUGAUGAGGAAAUCCACACAGCCAGCGAGCACUGCCUGAAGGUGGUCAUGGACCUUAGGCUAUGGAUGCGGCUCCAUGCUCUCCGGCCUCCUCUGGGAGCUCAUCAGGACCAUGGUGGAUCUGACAGAGGGAAUAUGACGUCCUCUUCCCAGGGUACACCCACCUGCAUAGGGCCCAGUCUCUUCACUGGAGCCUCUGGAUUCCGAGAACUCAACUUUGGGCCCAUCACUCUUAACAGCAUGGAUGCCACCAGUGAGCAUAAUUUCGUGGCUGAGUUCCUGUUCUGGGCUUCAUUCUGUAUGACCCAUCUCAGCAGGAUGGCCAGGGACCUCAUCCUCUACGGCACCAAGGAAUUCAGCUUCGUGUAGCUCUCAAAUGCCUACAGACCUGGCCAGUGAGCUGCUGGACCAGCCAAGGGCCCAGCCCCUUCAGUGCCUGCAUCUCUGUCUGCAGCUCCAGAAGCAGCCUGAUGCCUCAGAAGAAAAACCCUGACAGCUUGGAGCUGAUCUGGAACAAGGUGGGGUGUGUGUUUGGGCAGGUGAGCAGGGCAGGGAGAAAGGAAGGGUGGAUGUGAGGUCCCCAGGGUUAGGAUUCUGGGUCCAGCCCUCGUGCCUCCCUCUUAUUGCAACAUGCCGUGCUCCUGAUGACCCUCAAGGGACUUGCCAGCACCUACAACAAAGACCUACAGGUGUGAGGCUGGAGACAGUGGCUGGGGGAGGCCUGCCUGCCUACACACCACGUGCCAAUUCUCGGGGCUCUGGCACACCCAGGCAGGGGCCCCCAGGAUUGCCGUACCUACUCCCAUCCUGUGCACUCAGCCCCAUCUGUGGCUGGUUUUAGAGCUCUCGGCCCUUCCUUUGGGUACUGAGUAUUCUUCCCAUGGAAGGCAGUGGGGGUGCCUCCUUGUGGGGUGGGGCUGUGUGGACCCUGGGUACCAAGGGGCUGCUGGGCCCUCACCUCCUGCCAUGUAUCUCCCAGGAGGACAGGAAAGCUUUGUUUGAAGUGUCAGACACCAUGAGUGCUGUGCUUCAGAUGGCCAUUGGCGUCAUCUCUACACUGCAGGCCAGACCACACCCACCUGCCUCUCCUUCCCUAGGUCCCAGGCACUGGGGUGGGCUUGCCAGGAGGGUGGCCUUGGGAGGAGGGAGGAGGGGCUGGAGUACCUGGGCAGGGAAGCAGAGGUGUGCUCACUCCUGCUCCUGGGGAACAGGGAACGGACAGAAACUCCUGCCAUGCAAUGGAAGUAAAUGAGACUCAAGGGACCUGGGGCCUGUCAACUGACCCAACCAGAACACUUUUAAAAA